AUGAGAAAAUAUCAAGAUAAAAUAACGUCAUGCAUUUAAGAAGAAUGAAAGUUCAGAUUCUGUUCCUUGUUGGUAUUUUGACACUUAAAGAUAGUUUGGCAGGAGAGGUGGAAGACACUGACACGUACUUAAGCCGCUUUUUGGCAGACUUAUGGCUUGAAGGCGCUGAUGUGGUUAAAAUUAUCUGGCGGGAUUGCUCUAAAAAGCUUGCUGACGUCAAAGAUUCUAUCGAGACGAUGGAUUAUUAUCCAAAAUUCACAAGAUGCAUGAAAAGAAAGACGUUAAGGGCUUUAGAUAGAUCUCUGAGUCUCGAUGUGGUACCAAUAGCUGAUGGUGUGAACUUGGUGAAAUUUGAAAUGGUGGAUCGCUCUGGUAAUGUGAUUCAUGAAAAUAAUUCUAGUACAUGGUCCGAGAAGGAUUUAAAUGAAACCGAUUGGCGGACUUUGGCAUUGCAACGCAUCGUCAAAGUGCUACGAACUCAUGUUGUCAAGUUUGAUUUGGAUGAAUUUAAAACCAUGGAAGGAGUGGAACAACGAGGGCGUCGUCGUCACCACAUGAUGACGAUGAUGAUGUUCGGUAUCGUCUCUAUUGGAAUGGUUCUUAUUCCAAUGGGAUUCCAGUUUCUGGCUGUACUUGGUGGAAAGGCUUUGCUGCUCGCGAAAAUGGCGCUCAUUCUUGCAUCAAUUCAAGGACUUAAGAAGAUUGCUUCAAGUCCGUUGAAUUACGGCUUCUACCACAAUUACUAUCCUUACGACCAUCUGGACAAAAGGAGUAACGAUGGUGCAUUACUGACUGGAACUUCCCCGAUAGCAAAACAACAAUGGCCUAUAAAACCUUAUAAAAAUAUCAGACCUACAAUUCAUAGAGGCGAGAUUUACGACAAACAAACGAACAAUGGAAUAAGGAACCCAAUAUCAACGAAUAGUAAAGAAAAUUAUGUAUCCCGUCAAUUUCCAAACAAUGAUUUAUAUUCCUCCUCUUCUCUUCAAGACAUAACAUCAAGACCUGGUGAAGUACAAGCCGAUUAUUCCCUCGAAUUACCAUACAACGGACUGAAUUUUCAAAGUCCCAAUACUGUCGUUUCAACUUGAUGUAUUCGUUGCGCUUUUUCAGGCACUAUUCAAUGUUAUAUCCAGUAUAUUUUUAUACAUUGGCCAAGUAUUGUAUCCGAAUAGGCAAAUAGUGUACAAUGUAUAUUGAUAGAAUAAAUAAUAUCAAU